CUUUCUUCAUCUGUGAAGGGUAGGAGGCGCCUGUCAAACCUGCAGAGAGUCUCUGUGUGCAGAAUACUAUCCUGUCUCUUCAGAGCAGCUGAACUUUUGGAGACAAAUUUCUUUUUUUCUUUUUCCCCCCCCUCACUCCUUGAGGAGAUCCUCCGCUGUCUCAUCCCGGAAGGCUUGUUUUAUUCUCUCUCCUGAAAGGAAGUUGAAGCAAACAGCUGUUUGCAGGUUAGUCGAGCCGCCAUGGACGCGUUAAUGAAGGGUUUCUCCAAAGCCAAGGAUGGGGUCGUGGCGGCGGCGGAGAAAACCAAGCAGGGAGUGACAGGAGCGGCGGAGAUGACGAAGGAUGGGGUUCUGUUCGUCGGUACUAAAACAAAGGAUGGAGUCUCCACAGUCGCUGGUAAAACGGUGUCUGGAGUGUCUCAGGUGGGCGGAGCAAUGGUUACCGGGGUUACGGCUGUGGCCCAGAAAACCGUGGAGGGCGCAGGCAACAUUGCGGCCGCCACCGGAUUGGUCAAGAAGGAUCCAGCCAAACAAGCUGAUGACACCUCAGAAGUACCAGAUGCAGCAGAGUCACCAGUUGAUACAGACCCUGCUGAGCAGACUGAGGAGGACAGCGACGAAUAAACCGUCCCGAGAGCUCCGACAAUCGGAGAUCAGUGAUCGAAACGUUCCGUGUCGCUCUGCCAAGUCCCGUCGUGCCUCGUUCUUCUUUUCUUUGGUCUGUUAUGGAGUCUGUGCUCUGCGUCUGUGUUAGUUUGUGCCGCGUCUUCUACAGUACGUGUGUAAAUGUUGGGAAUGAAUGAUGUGUGUGUUAUCUGUGAUCAGCUGUCAUGUUACAGUGAAUCCCUCCCACUGAAACAGACACCUGAUCACAGUGUGUGUGUGUUUUGUGUUAAAUGUGUGGCUCAAUCAGUAACACAAACAUGGGAAUAUAUCACUAUCUACAAACACCUAAGUGUCUCUAAAACUGACCAAUUUCCACUGAUCUGUCUGAAAUGGAAGCUUAAUAAUAAUAAUCUUUAUUUUUGUUCUGUAUCUUGUUGUUUCUCUGUGAUGUUUGUGCAUUCAUAAAGACACUGUUAGUAUCUGAACUACUAUUCAGUUUUAGUGCUCAGUCAUACAUUUAUUUGGAUCCGAAUGUUGAAAAAAAAAAUAAAUAAUGUGUGAAUUAAAUUACUUUUGCAGUAUUCCUAUGAAAUAUAUUUGAGCCUGUACUACACAAUAAAUUCAAACUUGUGCACCCA